AUGGAAAGAGAAGAAACUGAAGUUGCCACUCUUGAUUGCCGAUCUUGUCGAUAUGUCGGUACAGGAUUAUUUUUAUUCGUUGCUUCAUAUAUGUGGUAUUGCACUCGAAGCACUGUUUAUGCUGGCAGUCUUUACAAAAAAUUGCCUUUACGUCUCAUCGCCUUUGGUUCGUUAUAUAUGUCAUUCGCGCGUUUCAUCUAUCUCCCACCAUUUGAGCAUCUUGCGCCUGAAAUCCGUCAUAAGAGCAAAAUAAAUCAACAGCUGAGAUGA